ACCAUCGUGCAAAUAGUGGAGGAGCGUUUCGUUUUCGUUCCUGAACGAACAACAGUCAAACUACGGGAAUUACUCACAUUGUGUACUGUGCCGAAGGGAUUUCUUCGAAGACAUCAAUCACUAUUUAGUUGCGCAGAUUUUAUUGCCUGUUGUUAUAGGAUGUCUUCCAAGUAUGAUCGUAAACACAGUGGGAGAAGAGACGACAGGAGAGAUGAUAGGUAUGACAGGCAAAAGUCACGAAGUGGUGACCUGGAAAGUGGAAGAGGCAGAAGACACGACAGCCCGGUCAGGCAGAGGAAUAGACAACGAAGCAGAGACCGCAGUCGCAGCAGUGAGCGCUUCAGGCCAAAAUCAAGGGAUCAUGGCAGAAGCCGAUCGAGAAGUGUAGAAAGAGACCAUCACAAGGGAAGGUCAACAAAGCCAGACUUUGACAGGAAAGAAAGCAAACGCCAGAGUAAGAAAUCUAAGUAUAGAUCUGAUAGUUCUGACAACUCCCCCAAAAGAUCUAAGAGUAAAAAGAAAAAGUCUAAAAGGUCUCGGUCAGAAUCUUCCAGUAGUUCUUCAUCAGCAACCUCAGCAUCAUCCGCUGAUUCAACAAAACUAAUGAAACGUUUGCAUGAAGAGAGACAAAAGCAAGUUGAGCUGAAGCUUAAAGAAAAGGAGAAGAUGAAAGCUACUGAGACACCUGAAGAAAAAAGGUUACGAAGACUUCUUAAGAAAGAAGCCAAGGAACGCAAACGCAAGGAAAGAAUGGGUUGGGAUACUGACUACAUGCAUUAUACAAAUACGGACAAUCCGUUUGGUGAUGGAAACUUAUUAUCAACUUUUGUUUGGGGUAAGAAAUUAGAUAGAGAAGGUCUUACUGGAUUAAGCAGAGAAGAGUUGGAGGUACGGAACCGACAAAAACAGGAAGAUAAUAAACGUGAAUUAGAAAAAGUGAAAAAGCGUCGUCAAGAAAGAGAGCUGGAGAGGCAACAGCGAGAAGAAGAAAUGGCCCUCCUUCAGCGCAACAAGGAAGCUGCUCAGUUUCAGGAGUGGGAGCGUCAAGAAGACCAGUUCCAUCUGGAACAAGCCAGAUUACGCUCUUGUAUCCGAAUGCAGGAUGGCAGAGCUAAGCCUAUUGACUUGUUGGCAAAGUACAUAAGUUCAGAGGAAGAUGUAGAUGCUGUGGAAAUGCAUGAGCCUUAUACCUAUCUAAAUGGCCUCGCUACACAGGAUUUGGAAGAUUUGAUUGAAGAUAUUAAGGUUUACAAAGAGCUUGAGCGUGGGAAGAAUCUUGACUACUGGCACGACAUUACUGUGAUUGUGGAGGAUGAGCUUCACAAGUUGCGCAAGUUGCAGAAACAGACUGAGUAUGACUCAGCUGUUGGUCGCCGAGAGGGUAUUCAUCAGGCUGUAGCUAAAGAUGUAGCCACAGUUUUCAAAGGCAAGACUGCUGGACAACUAGAAGAACUUCAAACGAAAAUUGAAAGCAAAAUUAAAAAUAAAGUUGAAGGUCUUGAUAUUGGGUACUGGGAAAGUCUCCUGAGUCAGCUAAAAGCCCAUAUGGCAAGAGCUCGUUUGCGAGAUCGACACCAAGAAAAUCUGCGCAAGAAAUUGCAGGUAUUGAAGGCAGAGCAGGGUGUGGCUGAAGAUAGGGACGGAGAAAAUCAGCCCUCAACAUCCUCAGGAGCAGUUGCAAAGCAGGAGGACGAGGAGGAUGAACCAGAAAGCGGUGCUGAAGAAAACGAAGAAGAAGAAGACAAUGAAGAGUCUGAUAAUGCAGCCAAUGACUUACUGAAAGAAAGCUUUGCUGAUUAUGACUCUGGGGGAUACUCUCCUCGUUACCUUCAACCAACUGAUCUUGAGCCAGGAACCUUUGUCAUAUCGGAGGAAGAUGAUGACCAUCGUCUUGAGUUUGCUCGCAUCCAAAUCACUAGGGGAGCUGGCCAUCGUGUUGAGAAUGUUAUCACUGAAGAGGAGAAAGCAUUACAACGAGAAGCUCGUAAAGGAAUGGCUGGUGAUGAGGCUGAGUUUUCUGUGGAAACUACUCUGGACACUCAAGUUUAUCUCUGGUCUGAUAAAUAUCGUCCACGCAAACCCCGUUACUUCAACAGAGUGCAUACUGGAUUUGAAUGGAAUAAAUACAACCAGACUCAUUAUGACAUGGACAAUCCUCCACCUAAAAUUGUUCAGGGGUACAAAUUCAACAUAUUUUAUCCUGAUCUCAUUGAGAAGAGUGCUACACCUGAGUACUUUCUUACCCCCUGUCCUGAAAACAAAGAUUUUGCUCUUCUGCGUUUCCAUGCUGGUCCACCUUAUGAAGAUAUUGCUUUUAAGAUUGUUAACAGAGAGUGGGAGUACUCUUACAAACGUGGUUUCCGAUGCCAGUUUCACAAUAAUAUUUUUCAACUGUGGUUCCAUUUCAAACGUUACCGUUAUCGUAGAUAAAUUUUAUACUUUUUUAUGUAUAUGUCUGUACAAAUAAAGCUGUAAAUAAGGUUGUAAUUAAAAGCCCUACACAAUAUGUGUAAUAAUGAGA